UAUUUUUCUCCUGGCAAAAUUUCAGAGAUAAAGCAUGUCGUCCUGUGCUAGAAUAUUAGUUGUAGGGGGAGGAAUAACAUCUGCAGCAACAGUUUCUCUUCUAGCUGAAACCAUACCUCAGGAAAGCUUAACUGUUUGGGAUAAGGCAAGAGGAGCUGGGGGUCGCAUGUCAACAUCUAGAAGCACUGGAAAUCCACAGUGUAAAGUUGACUUAGGAGCACAAUAUGUUUCUGCUAGUUCAGAAUCUCAAGUACUCCACAAGGACAUGUACAAUCAGCUUUUAUCUGCAGGAGUUCUAACUCAACUUGACUCUCAGGGAAUAGAAGGAUUCAGGUCUGAAGACCCUAGGGUUCUGCACUAUACAGCUCCAAAUGGAAUGUCUACUAUAGUGAAACAUUUCUUUCAAAGAUCUGGAGCCCAAGUUCAUUUCAAUCAGAGAAUUGUUGAACUGUCAAAAUCUGGGAAUAAAUGGAAAGUUGUCUCUGAAAAGGGAUUAGAGGAGGAGUUUGAAACAGUUGUUCUUACCAUGCCUGUUCCACAGAUCUUAGAACUUGGAGGAGAUAUUGCAGAAUUAUUGAAGGAAGAUGCAAGUGUACUGAAUGGUCUCAAGAGUGUGCGGUAUAGUUCUCGGUUUGUAUUGGGUUUGUUCUUUGAUGAGAAUGUUAAUUUAUCUGUUGAGUGGACCAGUAAAUACAUCAACAAACAUCCAAUAUUUAGGUUUAUCUCCAUUGAUAACUUGAAGAGAGGGGAUGAACAAGGUCCAACUUCUGUUCUUGUUCACUCCAGUGUUCCUUUUGGAGUGCAAAAUAUUGAUGUAAACCCAGAGCAGUUAAAGGAUAAACUCAUCAAUUCUUUAUUUGAAUUGUUUCCUAUGUGGCCUAAGCCUGCCAGUGUGAAGUGUAUGAAGUGGAAGUAUUCCCAGGUAAGCAGCUUCUACCCUGGGAAUCCUGGUAGUGUAGUGAUAUCCCGGAACCCAAAUCUAAUCCUGGCAGGAGAUGCAUUCUCAUCUUCAUCUAACUUUGAGGGAUGCUUGAACAGUGCUAGCAGUGUAGCCAACAUUAUAUCUAAACAUGCUAAGCAGGAACUUUGAAUAUUUGCAAUAGACCGAUUUUGGAAUUUUAUGAAGUCUUAAUUAAAAAUGUAAUCAAUAGAUUUAGUAUUUAAAAAUAAAAGAUUAUUAUUAUAUGUAA